AUGGGAAGAAGACCACUGGAUAAAAACUUAAAAAAGGAAAAAAAUGUUAAAGUAAUAAAAAAAAGAAAAAGGAAAAAGGGAUCAGAUAGUGAUGAUGACGAUGAUGAUAUUGAAAUAGCUAAUACUAAUGUUCCCAUAAAUAAAAAUGUUUCUACUAAAUUUAAACAAAGAGAAAAAGUUGAUAUUAAUUUAAUAUUGGCACAAGAUGAAGAGGAUGCAUUUAAAACGAAAACGUAUUGCUGGACAAAAGUGAAUGCUGGAAAUACCUCACUGGUUAAAAGAAAGCUUUGUACAGUUUGUGGAUUUGAAGGGAAAUAUAAAUGCUUAAAAUGUUUUGAACAUAAACCUACUUCUUUUGUAAGAUAUACCUGUUCUUUAAAUUGUAAAAAAAUUCAUGAUGAAUCUUCUUGUUGUAAAUCUAAAAUGUUAGGAACAUGGUAA